UAGUAAUAAUUAGCGAAUUGCUGCUAAUAUCGUACGGCUGCAACCGAGGAAGAUGUUAACACGUCGAGGCGGGAUAAUCGCUGAUUACUGUAUUAAUUGAUUUGACAUACGGCGAUUGCAGUGGUACUUAUCGGAAAUUAAGUGAACAGAAGGCAAACUGUGAUAAUGCUGAAGUUAAGAUAAGAAAGUUUAGUGUUUCGAAUCGGACAUUCUUAAAUUCGGUAUUCCUAAACAAAACCAGCAUUAUUGUCAGUAUUGAAAGAAGUGUCAAAUCGAAGAUGAAUAAAAUGUGCUAAGGGCCGUAACACCACGCAUGAAGAAGUAUUGAGUGAGAGGGAGAAAAUGGCACUCGCCAACGUUAUCUAGAGCCGUGAGUGUCUUGUUUCAAAUUCCUCGCGCAUGGUGAUCGAAACCCACGAGAUCAGCGGUGAUAAAAUACCUGUGUGUAGCGCGCGUUGUGUGUAGAGAUCUCCGAAGUAAGCAAAUAUUUAUUCUUCAAAUCGCGACACAGUUUCCGCGCGCGCUCGCCUGGAUUCCCGACUCGCCGGCCGAUUCGGACGAAGCAGGCUGUGGCUGUUUGUGUUCUCUGCUGUGUUUAUGUCGGUGUACUGUCAGCCGGCCUAGUGCACCACCAGUCUGAGAACACUGACCAAAAUGGAAACGAUAGGUGACCCUGGAGUGACGACGACUGCGGGUAGCAGCGGUAGAAUCGUUGCUGGUGGCGGCAGCGUCACUGGCAGCAGCAGCAACAGAAGCAGGAGCGACAGCAGAAGUAACAAAAUCAAUAGUGUCAAUGUCAAAUCACAUCUGUUCCGGUUGGGGGCGAUAGCGCCCCUGGUCAUCUGUCUAUUGGUUCCUGCCGUGGUGGCCUUCAACGUGGACACCGUGAACUAUGUCCUGCACGAGGGAUCGGCCAAUUCGAUGUUCGGGUUCAGUGUGGUACUGCACCAGGAACAACAGCGAAGCUGGGUCAUCAUCGGAGCUCCCAGGGCCGAUACGUCCGCCUACCAGGAAGGUGUGGUGAACGGUGGCGCCGUCUACCGGUGUGACAUCUCCGACGACAACCGCUGCAACCUAAUCCCGUUCGACGCCAAAGGAAACUCGUUCAACGAUAAAAACGAACAGGUUGACACCAAGUCGAACCAGUGGUUCGGAGCGACCGUAGCCAGUGCCGGCGUGGAUGGACCUUUGGUGGCUUGCGCCCCGCGGUACGUGUUUCAUCAGUUGCAACCCCGGAAGGUGGAACGAGUGGAGCCAGUCGGGACUUGCUACAUCGCCCGGAAUAAUAUGCAGCAAUUCGACGAAUAUUCACCUUGUCGAACGAUGUUCUGGGGUUAUCAUCGGCAAGGAUCAUGUCAAGCUGGUUUCAGUGCUUCGCUGACUAAGGCCGGCGAUCGGGUGUUCGUGGGUGCACCAGGAAGCUUCUACUGGCAAGGACAAGUGUAUUCCAUUAAUACCGACGCUGUGUUCCCUUAUAAACCCCCGCGGUAUGGUCAGUUUGGCGAAGGAGGCCAAAUCUACUCGUUCAGCUUGAACAAUCCGAAGGAUAAGGUGUACGCUACCAAGGAGAGCACUUCGUCGGAGGAUGACUCGUAUCUAGGCUAUUCGUCGGCUAGCGGUGACUUCAACGGAGAUGGCACCAUGGGCGUAGCGGUCGGAAUGCCCCGAGGUGGAGGUUUGCUAGGAAAGGUGGUCAUCUUUUCGUGGAAUAUGACCAACCAGCAGAACAUUACCGGCGAACAAAUCGGAGCCUACUUCGGUUACGCGCUGGCAGUGGUUGACGUGGACGGAGAUAAACUUGAUGAUCUGAUUGUGGGAGCACCGAUGUAUACGGAACCGAACAAUGAAGGCAAAUACGAAACGGGUCGGGUUUACAUCAUCUAUCAGGACAAGAUAAACAAGUUCCAAGAGGUGGAGACACGAGACGGAGUCAAUUCCAAGGCGAGAUUCGGUCUGUCGGUUUGUUCACUGGGGGAUAUAAAUUUGGACGGAUUCGGAGACUUCGCUGUCGGUGCUCCCUACGAUGGACCACAUGGUCGAGGAGCGGUUUAUGUUUAUCACGGGUCACCAACCGGUCCGUUGGCGAAACCUUCGCAAGUGAUUUUUGCAGAGGAUAUUUCCGGAGUUUCUCGGAUAUCUACUUUCGGAUUUUCGGUAGCUGGCGGUAUUGAUCUGGACGGCAACCAGUAUCCUGAUAUGGUGGUUGGAGCGUACGAAACGGAUAAAGCGUUGGUAUUCAAAUCUCGACCGGUAGCAGUGAUGGAGGCCAGCACUUUGUUUGAAGCAGAAAAUAAAUUGAUUUCGUUGGAAGAUACCAACUGUACCCUAAGAGAUCGUAAACAAGUUCCGUGUACGGUGGUAAACUCCUGCAUGAAGUAUAACGGUAUCAAUGUUCCACCGACGUUGGAUAUUGAGGUUUCGUGGGUACUGGACUCUAAGAAGUCUCGCAACCCUCGCAUGUUCUUCCUGAACGAAGAAGGUCGCAAUAUUCGCAAUCAAUCAAUACGGUUAUAUCGGGGCAAGCUGGAGUGCAAGAGUGAGCGUGUUUACAUCGCAGAAAAUAUCCGAGACAAGAUCACUCCUCUGGAGGUUGAAAUGAAGUACAACCUGCGCCAGAGUAGCUACAGUCAACAACGACGACGACGCGCCACAGUCGAACCAGUUCUAGAUCAAAAUCGGGGAACGGUUCAGAAGGAUUCAAUAAAUAUUCAGAAAAAUUGUGGACCGGACAACGUAUGCAUUCCGGAUCUUCGCCUACAGGUAAAUAUGGUUGACGAAUAUCUGCUCGGAUCCGGUAAGCUACUGGCGAUCGAUGUAUUGAUCUCUAACUUUGGGGAGGAUGCUUUUGAAGCCGGUUUCUAUAUGACGAUUCCUCCGGAAUUGAACUUCAGGCGUGUCGAAAAGGUUGGCGAAAUCAAAGACACUCCUAUCCUGUGCACCACUCCACCGGGUGCAACCAACGGUACGCUGAAGUGUGACAUCGGAAACCCUCUGGCCAGUGCUAAAGUGGUCAGCUUUAAAGUGCUACUGUCACCAUCGAUCAAAGUAGGCAUGGCACCAAGCUACGAUUUUUACAUGGAAGCCAACUCCACCAACGCCGAGCUGCAGGAUUCCCAACAAGAUAACCUUUUCGAGAAAAGUGUUGGUAUUGCUAUCAAAACGGAUCUCUCGAUAUCUGGUGUUUCUCUGCCGGAGGAUUUCUUGUACAACUACACCGAAUAUCGAAAGGCCGAGGAAGCCGAAACCGAACAUCAUCUUGGCCCUCAGAUCGUGCAUAUCUAUGAAAUUCGUAACGAAGGACCGUCAACUAUCGAUGAAGCGGAGUUUUUCGUUCUUUGGCCAUAUGAGACGAACGAUGGUGAUCCCUUGAUGUAUUUGUUGGUACAACCGGAGACCAGCGGUAACAUCAAGUGCCAACCAAGUAGCUACGUCAACCCACGCGAUCUAGCAAUCGAAAACCCUCGGAAGAGCUAUCUCGAAAAGGUUGGUGCAUCGACUGGUAGCCACGAAUCUGCCUCUAGAACAGAUUUCCGCGCAGCCGGAUCCGGAACUGCUGCUGGUGGAGCUUCAACCGGCUAUUCUCGUGAAACGAUAGUUGGUGGAUCAACUGUAACAAAUUCGGAUGCCAGCUUUGCUUCGGGAACAGGGUAUAGGGCUGGUUCCAGUUCGUCAUCUGGUUCCAGUUCAUCGUCUGGCUCCCGCACUGCCAGUGGAACAUCACAAGUACACCGUCAAACCGUCCUAACGGAUUCGGACAAGCGUCGUUUGGAUGACGAAGAAAACCAGGAAUCGACCGGCGAUGCUUCCUACGUACACCGGCAGCGAGCGGAAAGUGCUGCUUCCCAGGCGCAUUCACAGUUCGCUGCCAACAAUCAACGUUUUGGGGUCACCUCCUCGGCGGAUCGUGGAAGUGGAAUAUCACGGGAGUACUCCCAUACGAGCAGUUGGAAUUCGUCCAGCGUAAACGGUGGACCAGCCGUGACCUACAGUUCCAGUCGCAAUAGAACGGUAUACCGCGGUGAGGAUGGACGAGUACGGGUCAGUGAAAGCAGUACGGAACACUACGGUAAAUCGGUAGCUGCAUUCGCCGGUAUUGGAGCGAAUGCUGACGGGCAAGUAUUGCACAAAGAAGACUUCAGUGACAUCUACAGACAAGAUACAGAGCGAAGUGGCGUUGCGUCCACCGCUGGAGGUGACUGGCGUAUCAGUUCCGGUGAUUAUCGGCUAGGAUCCAAGCCUUGCGUAGGAAACUCGAGUCUUUUCGAUAGAUUACUUCUAAGUUCGGGUGCAUCUCGUUCCGGAUCCACUUCGUCUUCGAGUGGUCAUAGUGGAGUGUCUUCCGCUAGUCAAAGCAGUGGAGUGUACAAGAGCGAGUCAGCUCGCACGGAAGACGUCAGUCAAGACAUUUCCCAACUCAGCUCGAGAACUCAUGCUGCUAUGCAGGGAAGCGGUGCUGCUGCGGCUGGAGAAACCAGUGUCACCGCAGGCCGGCGUCGGAUGAUGAGUCAACAGGAUGGUGAGAGGUCACGACCGGAUUUGAUAACCGGAGUGUCGACAAUCGAACGCGUAGCGCAAGGUCGUGGUGGAUUCCAAACUGCAACCGUAGAUCUGGGUGCUCUUAAUCGACAAAACGUCGACGAAGAGGUUAGACAAAGUAGUAGUAGUGGAAGGAUUGCUGGUGAAAGUAGUUCUUCCUAUGGAUCGCGUGGUUCGUCCUAUAGUGGUCACGUUGCGGGUCAUGAGGAUCAGCAUCAACAUGGAGGAUCACAAACCGCAUCGUCUUCGUCGUCGUCGUCUUCAUCGUCCAGUAGAACGCAUUCCAGUACGUCGUAUUCGUCCAGUGGAUCAAGCACUAAUCAACGGGAUGGUGGUCAGAGCAGUUACAUGCAGCACCAACAAAGUCAACAGAGUGCAGCUUACGGUGGAAUACUCAAUGAAGAAGACGGAGAGGAUUACGUGGAUGAGUACGAGGAAGGAGAUGUUGGUUAUGACGACCAGCAUGAUACUCGAGGUAGUUAUGGUUCAAGUUACCACAACCCUAGAACUCAUUUGAAUCAAGGACAUGAUAGCGUAGAUCAACGAUUCAAACAUUACCAACACUUCGAUCGUCGACAGAGGCGUCAGGUUAUCAACGUGGAAAACGAAAAUGAUCGAGUACUUAAUGAAGCUCUUCAAUGCCGGGCUACGCGGUGUGCUAUCAUCCAUUGUAUGGCCGGUCCCAUCGGAGACAAGGACAUUGCCUUCAUUGGGUUGCGGACACGGAUCGUUGCCCACACAUUGCAUAAAAUCUCCGCCGGAUCACCCAUCAACUUCUCCACGAUGACGGUUGCACGAGUAACGAGGCUUCCGUACAUUGGCCGACCGAAGGAGAUGCCCCUGAAAACACACGAAAUUCAGGUGAUGGCUACACCAGAACCAAUCCCCAAACCGGAUGUGGUGCCGCUUUGGAUAGUGGUGUUGGCUGCAUGUGCCGGAACCAUUAUUCUACUGCUGCUCAUCUAUCUAUUGUCGAAGUGUGGUUUCUUCAAACGAAAUCGACCGACGGAUACCCAGGAGCGGCAGCCACUGAAUCGUAACGGCAACUACCACGGUGAUGAGCACUUGUAGGAAGUGUAGCGCAGCGCAGAGCAAGCAGGGCAACAAUCUAGAAAACGAAAAUCUCAGCUUUGAAAGUAAGUGAAAACAAAAACGCUUAAAAUUGACGAAAUGGCGAACCGCCAUAGCAGAACUACUGUAGAACAGUAAUUUUGAUGAGAUUUUUAUCCCCGGUUUGAUAUCGAUUGUAUGUGGUUUUGAUUUGAAUGCCAGAAGAGCAGAGCCAACUUCGAAUAUCGAAAUCGAAUUGUAUUCUUCAUUUUUGUACAACUAAACAAUAAUUUAUUGAUUUCCGUAAUCUCAUUUUCUAAAAACUAUUUAAAACAGUUUAAAAGUAUGAUGCAGGACUGAAAAGUGAGUUGAUCUGCGAGAAGCAUCUGCGUGAAUCAAUUUCCGAAAACUGAUGUUGGAUCGAAAAUCAAAUCAAUUAGACAAGUAGAUGUUUUUAAUGUAUACUACCAAGAACUUACUGCCCGUCACGAACUUUAGUGAAAAUGCAGCAUGCCAUGCUAUCAUUGAUCCACUCACCAAUUGGUCCAGUUCUGUCGUGCUGUCACGUAGUAGUAGUAGCUUAGGGAUCGAUACGCGUCGAGUUUUAGCUGUAAACAUGAACUAACUAGUCAAUUUAAUUGAAUCUGACCCCACCCGUGAAACUUGAGAAUUCUUUAGAGUCCUAUUUCUAAUGUCUAAUCGCGAGCAAACUAAGCAAAUUUUCCCCCUUUGAUAGUGCAAUUAAAAUGACAAAGCAAAUUAACAAAAACAAACAAAAAAAACCUUGGCUAUAUUUACACGGUUUUGAUAGUGAUACGGAAACUCAUAUGAAAUGUAGCAUUACUAAUACUAAACUUCGAACAAAACAAGAACCUCCAUUUUUUUUAACGCAGUUGGUAGAUGAAAGAAGGAAAAAAUGAACGAAGAUGCCUUGUAGUUAUUUAUUGUUAGAAAAUAUACUGACUUAUAGAUGAUAGUGAAUCGAAAAACGCUAAGGUUCUGAAGUGCGCUUUCUGAACAUAAUAGAGUUUUAUUGGAGAUUUUGGUGCCAUUUGAUCGAACGUGAGAAACGAACGAAAACAAAUUGUUGGAUGCUGUUGAUUUGUUUAUUUUUCAUUUAUAUUUGGAAUAGUUUAGUGUCUAAAUUCUAUCAGUUGUGCCAAACAAUGACUGAACAGCUCUGAUUUACCAACUAAGAAAGCCGUUUGCUUAACCGUUUCAGUGUACAAUACUUUCCGUGUAAAAAUUUUAUUUUAGUGGCUUAACAAUACUUUUAGCUCUAUGGGGCGCUGUACCGAACAAUAAUUAUUUAAACUUUACUAUGUAGUUUGUUCUAUUUAACAGAAGAUGAUCUUCACGUUGACUGUAAAUACUUUUUUUUUGUAGAAGUGAAUGAAAAGUGCAUGUGGAGAAAGCGAAGAAAAAUAAACAAAAAUAACACUGUAA